AUGGUGAGAAAGGCCGUUUAUCUCUAUGGCAUUGCGCCCUGCACUGGGGGCUUGGCUUUUGGCUAUGACACGGGCUCAAUGAGCGGCAUCUUGGCCAUGCCGCAGUUCUUGACCUACUUCAAAAAUCCAAGCAACUUCCUCCAGGGCGGCAUCACCGCGUCGAUCCUCGCUGGAGCUUUUGCCGGCUCCCUCCUGACGGGCGCUUUCCUGGCCGAUAGGCUCGGCCGAAAGAGGACCAUUCUGCUGGGCUCUGCCAUCUUCACUAUUGGGUGCGCCAUCUCGGCUGCGUCGAACAAUGUCGAGGCUCUUGUUGCGGGGAGAGUCAUCAAUGGGCUUGGCAAUGGGUGCUUGACCAUGACGGUGACGAUGUAUCAAAGUGAAAUUGCGCCACGAGAGAUUCGCGGCCGGAUUAUCAGCGUCUUUCAGUGCUUUGUCAACUUUGGCAUUCUCAUCGCGUUCUGGAUUCAGUAUGGAACGAGCCACAUCAAUGGCACUGCCUCAUGGAGGCUUCCAAUGGGUCUACAGAUGAUUGCAACACUGGCUCUACACAUCACCAUGUGGUUCAUGCCCGAAUCGCCCAGAUGGCUUGUGCAGAAAGACAGACAAGAGGAAGCCUUGCACGUGCUCGCGCAGGUGCAUGCCGGGGGAGACGUCAACGAUCCAUAUGUGCAAGCUGAACUAGCAGAAAUUGUCGCCAAACUUUCGUUUGAGAAAAACCAUCCGCCGCCCAGUUAUUUCGACUUGUUGCUUGGAUCACAGAGGCGCCGCAUGUGGAUCGGUAUUGGUGUUCAAUUCUGGCAAUCGAUGACUGGCAUCAAUGUGAUCAUGUACUACGCCGUCUUCCUCUUUCAACAAGCUGGCCUUGGAGCGACUUCUUCAUCCCUCCUGGCCAACGGCCUCCAGGGCGUUGUUCUCAACGUCUUCACCUACCCAAACAUGUACUACAUGGACAAGUGGGGUCGAAGAUUGCCCAUGGUCAUUGGCGGCGUGGGAAUGGGCAUAUCGAUGAUGAUCAUCGGCGUGCUGAUGAAGGCAUAUGGUGAUCCCGUCUACGAUUCGCUUACGCAAAAGACCAACUUUGACUUUACAAAUGCGGCCGCAUCACGCACGGUUAUCGCAUUCGUGUACAUAUACGUCGCCGUGUUUGCAAUCACCUGGGCGUGCGUCGCGUGGGUGUAUCCUCCCGAGAUCUUCAGCAUGAGCAUGCGUGGACGUGCUACAUCCAUGACGACUGCCACGAACUGGUUCAUUAACUUCUGGUUCGCUCUGUACAUUCCCACUGCCAUGGCAAAGAUCAGUUGGAAGCUCUACAUGAUAUUCAUGGCGCUGUGCUACCUCAUGUCCAUCGUCGUAUACCUCUUCUACCCCGAGUCGGCCGGCAAAACACUCGAAGAGAUGGACUUUUUGUUCUCCAAGGGGCGGUCGCCGUGGACGUUUCUCGACCGUGAGGCUACCAAGAUUGGGGCGCUGUUCCAGAGGGAUCUUGAGCAUGGCGAGGCGCUCACUGUGUUUGAUGAGGAUGGUAUGGCCUUGAAGGAUAAGGUUCGGCAGGUGGAGGAUGUGGUUGACCCUGGUGCUCAUGGGGAUAAGAAGUAG